AUGAUUAAUUUAAUAAACUUCAAUCAAGCUUUAACCACCGCUCCAUCUCUAGAUCUUGUAGCAUAUGCAGCUGGUGCUGUCGUCACAUUAUAUAAUCAUAAGAAAAACAAACAGAUUGGUUUCUUAUAUGCUUCAUCAGCAACUCUACCAAAUCCUCAAGCCGCAAAUCAAUCAAAUAAUUCUGCUCCUUCGUCAUGGUCUGCCGCCUUUCAAAAUCGUCAUACAAUUGCCGGAGAUGUAAUGGCUAGUCCAUUGGGUACUGGUACUUCUUUGGGUGUAAUAGAUCCCCAGAGUUCAAUAUCCGGAAAUUCAUCAAAUUCUAAAAAAAUACCUGUAAAUAACAAAGCAAAACCAAUAUCCUGUCUUGCCUUUUCACCCGAUGGAGUCUAUUUGGCUGUUGGCGAGAGUGGACAUCAACCACGUAUUUUAAUAUGGGAGGUUCAAACAAAAACUUUAAUUAAUGAAUUAAAAGGUCAUAAAUUUGGCGUGCUAGCACUUAGCUUUUCUCCAAAUAUGAAAUUCAUUGUAUCUUUGGGGUUUCAACAUGAUGGAUAUUUAAAUUUAUGGAAUUGGAAAACUGGAGUAAAAAUUGCUUGCAAUAAAGUUACUACCAAAGUUCAUACUUUGGCAUUCAAUCGAACUGGUUCUUACAUUGUUACAGCUGGUCUGAGACAUGUCAAGUUUUGGUAUCUUGAUCCAAACGGAAAUUUACCAAAAAAAUCUGCCGGACAAUCAAUACAAAAAUCAUUAGUACAAGUGUUGGAUGGCAGAUCUGGGAUAUUGGGUGAUCUGAGAGAUAGUAAUUUCGUUGAUGCUGUUUGCUGUAAAAAAUCUGAUAACACAUAUUUUGUCACUUCGAAUGGUCUGUUGUGCAUGUUUACGGAGGGUAGACUAAUGGAUAAAUGGGUGAAUUUGCAGGCCAAAGGUGCCUUUUCUAUUGUUGCUAGUGAACAAUAUGUGAUUUGUGCUUGUACAGAUGGUGUGAUCAGACUAUUUGAACCUAUGACUUUAAAGUAUUUGGGCACAUUGCCAAAACCUCACCCAUUAGGUGUUGAUUUAACUCUUCAGACUGGAUCCACCUAUAAUAGUACAGGUGGCCCAAACGAUAUUUAUCCUGACACUACUGCUAUUAAAUUAGAUGAUGAGACUGGUAAAUUGUCUUGCAUAUACAGUGACAGGAGUUUCUUUAUAUGGGAUAUUAAAGAUAUAAAAAAAAUUGGAAAAUAUCGUAGUUUCUUGUCUCAUUGUGACACUAUUUGGGGUGUUGAGAUGAUUCCUAAUAACGAGGAUUCAUCAACUAGUGAAAAAUCAACUUCCUCAAGAUUACCCGAUAAUACAUUUGUAACUUAUUCAUCUGAUAGUACUAUACGUUUCUGGAAUUUAGAUCAAAAUUCAAACUCAUCAUCAUCUAAUGCUAAUAGUCAUAAUCGUAAUAGUAGUAGCACCAGUAAUAGUAAUGUCAUCAAAAAAAAUAUUUAUAGCAAGGAAUGUUUAAAAAUAGUUUAUGUCGAUCCAAAUGGUACUUAUCAAAUGUGUGCUACUUUGGGUGCUAAAAAUGAUGACUCUGAAUCGUCAUCAUCAACUGAUAAUCAUCAACCUGUUAUAAGUGAUGGCGGUGUUCGUACAUUAAGAAUUAGUCCUGAUGGUAAAUUAAUGGCUUCCGGUGAUCGUAAUGGUAAUUUAAGAGUUCACAAUCUUGAUGAUUUUCAACAAAUGACUUAUCAAGAAGCUCAUGAUGCUGAAAUAUUGGCUAUCGAAUUCACUGAUGGAAAAUUACCCGAAUCUCCGUAUUUGAUUGCAACAGCAAGUCGUGAUAGAAUCUUGCAUAUUUUCGAUAUUAAUUCUAAUUUCCAACUGAUACAAACAUUGGAUGAUCAUUCCUCGUCAAUAACCGCUAUCAAAUUUACAAACGAUGGUGGUAGGUUGAUAAGUUGUGGUGCUGAUAAAAGUAUCAUAUUCAGAAGUAAACAAAAUACUAGCGAUUUCCCUUAUUAUGCAACUUAUCAUAAUAUAUCAGGAAGAGCUACAGUAUUUGACAUGGACAUUGACGUAUCCAAUCGCUACAUUGCAACUGUGUCAGGUGAACGUCGUCUAAAUGUUUACCACAUAGACACUGGCAAGAACGUUCGCUCAUACAAAUCCGACACACCCGAUGAAGUGAAUGUUCAAGAUCAAGGCAGCUUACUAAGAAUAUCACUGGAUCCUGGUGGUGUAUGUGCCGUUACUGGUGGUUCAGACAAAAGUGUAAGAUUAUUUGAUUUUUCAAAUGGUACCAUAUUAGGAAAAGUAUUGGGCCAUUCGGAAUUGAUCACCUGUGUGAAAUUUACUUCGGAUUGUGAACGUGUCAUUUCCACAUCGGCUGAUGGAUGUAUUUUUGUUUGGAAAAUUUCUGAUGAAACUACUGUACCUGCUUUAAGACCAAAUACAUUGUUUGCAGAAAAUCCAUCAUCAUCAGCAGCAUCAACUUCAACGAAAAUUUCUUCUUCCACUGCUACUUCAGGCAAAAGUAACAGUAAUCAACAAAUAUCAUUUGCAAACUCAUCUCCACCAAAUAGUCCGCCUUCGCAAGGUUCGCCAUCGACUACAAGAAGAGAAUCUUGGAAACUUGGUUUACCAACAGCAGUAAUGUAG